AUGGUCCUACACCGCCAAGUCCUCUGUGCUACAAUGCUCUCCUUGGCCAGCGCCGCACUGGGAUACGAGCUCAUCCAUGACUACUCAGGGAAUACGUUCUUCGACGGUUGGGACUACUAUGGCAAGUGGGACAACCUGACCCUAGGAAACGUCACCUACCUGACACAGGAGGCUGCGACGCAGCAAAAGCUCACUUACGUAAACGACGCUGGAAAUGCGAUCAUCAAGGUAGACAACUUCACCACGGUUGCGUCCGGUGAACGGCGCAACUCGAUCCGUCUUACGUCCCAGGAGUACUAUGACUUCGGUACCGUAUGGAUCAUUGACGCCCUCCACAUGCCGUGGGGGUGCUCCGUCUGGCCUGCUUUCUGGAGUACGGCACCCGACUGGCCGGUUGGUGGCGAGAUUGACAUUGUUGAGGGUAUCAACACCCAGCCCAACAACCAAUUCGCUAUCCACACGACCGAGGGUUGCUAUCACGACAACCCGCCAAAUCAGGCGGGGUUCAACAUCGACACGAACUGUAGCCAGGCGUCAGGAUGCACUGUAGGCAUCAAUACCCAGAACAGCUACCAGGCCGGGUUCGCUGCAGCCGGAGGCGGUGUGUAUGCCACACAGUACGACACCUCCGGUAUCUACAUGUGGUUCUGGAGCCGGCCGAAUGUGCCUGCCUCGCUCAGCAGCUCCUCGACGUCGAUCAAUAUCUCUGAUUGGGGCACUCCGACUGCCAGUUUCCCGAACGACCAGGCGUGCAACACGACGAAAUUCUUCAAGCCCCAGCAGCUCAUUUUUGACAUCACGCUGUGUGGCGACUGGGCGGGCGUCCCGGGUAUUUACGACUCAGAGUGCUAUAACGCGGGACCGCACCACGACUGCUAUUUGGAUAACGUCGUGGGGAACGGCAGCAACUACGACGACGCCUACUUCGAGGUCUCCUACGUACGCACGUACGCCACCGGAGCCGCGCUCGCCGCCGCACAGGCGAGCAAGACCGCGACGACUUCGUCCACGGCGUCGACCUCCUCCGCAACGCAGUCGCAUACGCAGACGUCCGACGCCUCCCUGCCGCGCGUCAGCCUGCACGGUGUACUAUUCAUGUCGAUGUGCGUCGCAGGCCUCAUCGCCGGGAGCGUGCUGCCGUUGCUCUGAGCCUGCCUGUGAGGAUUGGCGGCUAUGUAUACAUCCCACCCAGGACCUUAUUGGACUUCUCUCUCUCUUGAUCGGUGUUCUGCGUGUGUAUUUACACCCUCGACCUCCAUGCUGAUGACCCGCCGAUGACCGCCGACUCUGCACGCUCGCUCCGUAAUUUUAUUGCUUUACUGUACUUGGCUUCUCACAUGGACUUUUGCUUGGAUGACCUGGUGUGUCACUCGUGGACUGUCUGGUGUAUUCCCCUUAUAAUGUGUCGUGUUGGGUUUGGGUGUUUUCGAACAAUGCUGUUGUAUUGGGCAGAAGUCCCGCUGUCAUUCGUUUCCGAUGCACGCGGACACCAGUGUGGUUUGAGCGUCAGGUAGGGCUCUCGUGUCGUCCUCGUGUAGCGGCGUGCUACAGAGUGAGUCGCAUAGCAA